ACUAAUUUUGAAAAUAAAAUAAAUUCACGCGGCCAGGGGAAUAUGCUAAAUAUAUAUAUAUAUAUAUUACAUACGCCAACACUUUUUUACAACUAAAUAGUAAACUUUACAUUUUUCCCUUUCUCAAUGAAGUAACUGAAUAAGGAGUGACCCGCGGGGGAGUGAUUUGACCGUGACUUUUCGCGGAGGAGAAAGCUGUUACCAACAAAGCAAUUGCUGCUGUGUCUACGGUGUUUAGCGGAUCACAACGGGGAUUUUUAAGAGCAUACAUUUACGUAUGUUGCCUCGGAAAUAAGUCACGCCGAUAAGAUGGACCUGAAACUACUUCUGAUUUCAACGUUGUUAGGAGUCAUUUGUUACAGCAGUGCUCAGCAAGAAGGGAACGAGUGCAUCAAGGCUAAUGCCAAAUCCUGUGGGGAGUGUAUUCAAGUGGGAGCGAAAUGUGGCUGGUGCAUGGACCCAGAGUUCCUGAAGCAGGGUGAGGCCACAUCGACCCACUGUGACGAGCUGGAGUCCCUGAGGAAGAGAGGUUGCAGCUCCACCAAGGUAGAAAACCCCCGAGGCAGCCAGCGGCUCCUGAAGAACAAGGCUGUGACCAACCGCAACAAGGGAGAAGGGAAACUCCGACCAGAGGACAUCACACAGAUCCAGCCACAGAAACUCACCCUCAGCCUCAGAUCUGGUGAACCUCAGUCUUUUAACCUGAAGUUCAAACGUGCCGAGGAUUACCCCAUUGACCUCUACUACCUGAUGGACCUGUCCUACUCCAUGAAGGACGAUCUGGAAAACGUCAAGAACCUGGGAACACAUCUGAUGCUGGAGAUGUCAAAGAUCACAUCUGAUUUCAGAAUCGGUUUUGGUUCCUUUGUAGAGAAGACGGUGAUGCCUUACAUUAGCACCACCCCAGCCAAGCUGCUGAACCCCUGUACUGGGGACCAGAACUGCACCAGUCCCUUCAGCUACAAGAACGUUCUGAAGCUGACCAGCAAUGGACAGGAGUUCAACACCCUGGUGGGACAACAGCAGAUCUCUGGAAACCUGGACUCACCAGAGGGAGGCUUCGAUGCCAUCAUGCAAGUGGCUGUGUGUGGUGAGCACAUUGGCUGGAGGAACGUCACCCGUCUGCUGGUGUUCUCCACUGAUGCUGGCUUCCACUUUGCUGGAGACGGGAAACUGGGCGGGAUAGUUUUGCCCAACGAUGGGAAAUGCCACCUGGAGAACAACAUGUACACAAUGAGCCACUACUAUGACUAUCCCUCCAUCGCUCACCUGGUUCAGAAACUUAGCGACAACAACAUCCAGACGAUCUUUGCCAUCACAGAGGAGUUCCAGCCUGUUUACAUAGAGUUAAAGAAUCUCAUUCCUAAAUCUGCGGUGGGGACACUCUCUGCUAACUCCAGCAACGUUAUCAACCUCAUUAUUGAUGCCUACAAUUCUCUUUCCUCAGAGGUGAUUCUGGAGAACAGCAAGCUACCAGAGGGAGUGACCAUAAUGUACCAGUCACGCUGCAAGAACGGAGUGACUGGUGAGGGAGAGAUGGGAAGAAAAUGCUCCAAUAUCUCCAUCGGUGACGAGGUGUCUUUCACCAUAAGCAUCACAUCUAAGCAGUGUCCUAAAAUAGGCAAACCAGAGACCAUCAAGAUCAAGCCCCUAGGGUUCAAUGAGGAGGUGGAGAUCUCUCUGAACUUCAUCUGCGAGUGUGACUGUCACAAAGAUAGCAUUGAGAACAGUAAGAUCUGCCACAAUGGCAACGGGACAUAUGAAUGUGGAGCCUGCAGGUGCAAUAAGGGCCGUAUUGGUAGACAGUGUGAGUGCAGCACCAACGAGGUGACCAGCGAAGACCUGGAUAAGAGCUGCCGUAAAGACAACGGUACAGACAUCUGCAGCAACAACGGAGACUGUGUGUGUGGAACCUGUGAGUGUAAGAAGAGAGUGAACCCAGAGGAACGCUACAGCGGGAUGUUCUGCGAGUGUGACAACUUCAACUGUGACCGCGCCAACAACAAACUCUGUGGAGGACAUGGUCACUGUGAGUGCAGGGUGUGUAUAUGUGAUGCCAACUGGACAGGCAGUGCCAACUGGACAGGCAGUGCCUGUGACUGUUCUCUGGACACCACGACCUGCCUGGCUUCCAACAAGCAGAUCUGUAACGGACGAGGCACCUGUGAGUGUGGCGCCUGCAAGUGUACUGACCCAAAGUUCCAGGGCCCCAGCUGUGAGAUCUGUCCUACCUGUCCAGGGGUCUGCGCAGAACACAAGGAGUGUGUUCAGUGCAGGGCCUUUGGGACGGGGGAGAAGAAGGACACGUGUGAGAGAGACUGUAGCUACUUCAACCUGAUCAAGGUGAAGGACAGGGACAAGCUGCCUCAGCCAGGACAGGCCUUCCCCCUGAUGCACUGUAAGGAGAGGGAUGCCAACGACUGCUGGUUCUACUACACCUACGCUGUCAACAACAAGACAGAGAAGGAGGUCCAUGUGGUUGAAACACUAGAAUGCCCUGACAUCAUCCCCACUGAGGCUUCUGGAUCCUCUCAUUAUGGUACAUGGAGAAGACACCAGACCUAAAUGACUGUAUGAGAGAGCAGACUGACCUGACUUGUUACAUAUUAAAGGGGAAUAUAACCAGCACGGGCGAAAACCCUAUCUACAAGCAGUGGCGACCUGUUAUUCAGGGCAGGCAAGCUCCACCCGUUUGCCUGUUUUGCAUGUUAUUUUGGCAUUAAUACAUGUCACAUAUCAGUUUGCAAACAAUGUACAAAAAAAGUGUCAUUGAGUUAAUAAAG